AUGCAGAACAGCCCUCUCAACUACACCCCCUCGGGCACAGUCGAAGAAGCCCAGAUGAUCUCUUGGACCGUCGAUACCAAGCAACCCUUCCCCAUCCAGGGGCCCUUCUAUAACCUUGCUGGGUACCUCUUCAAGCCUACUCUCAAGCGCCUGAACCCGAAAGCACCACUCGACCUCGAGAUCGAACUGAUGUCGUCCGUGAGCGCAACGACGCCUCUGCAAGUCGGUGUGACCGUCGAGACCAUGGCCCCACCUGGCGAGAAGACCCUCAUCCACAGCCACCAGUGCCGGACUGCAUCGCUCUCGGACCGCAACCGUACUAUCGAGGUCAAAACAAUGAUGACCCACGACCGCUGGGAAGCCUCCAAAGGCCUCCGGAUCGAAUUCACAUUCGACCCCAUCCAACGCCAAAGGCCCCGUUACGACUGGCUAUGGAACUCCUCUUCCACAAAGGAUGUUGAGAUCCGGUUCUCAGACCCGAAGGUGGCUCCUAUCCUUGUCCACAAGGAUCUGAUUCUUGAGGCGUGUCCUAAGCUUGUUAACUUUGUUCAGGUUGUUAACCCUAACAGCAAUGCUGCGGGGGGUGAUGGUACUGGAGUGGGCGCGAUGGCGCAAGGUCAGGCACCUACGCCACCCUCGGCACGCUCGUCGCGUCCUGGGUCACUUGCUCCAACUACGUCACCUGUCAUAUCGCCUCAAGUGAAUCCAACUGCACGCGAGCAUCAGCGAUCCGGACAAGAAAAGAACCUCAUGUCCAUGGACGAAAGCCCAGAUACCUCCUCCCUCUACCGCUCAACGGCCAGCUCAUUUGUCAACAUCUCGCGAGAUCCUUCCGUGUACACGUCAUCGGGAGACGAUAUGUCGAUGACCGGGUCGAACAGCGGCGACAAGUCGCUCAGACGUUCAAAAGAUACCCUGCUUGAGAAAGCAUAUGCUGGCGAGCGUAGAGCUCUUCUCUUGGCGCGUGGCGGCAACGAUGGUCUCGACUCGGACCAGGAAGACGACAAGCAACUGACCCGUAAGGAAAGGAAGGAACAGAAGCGAAUUGCUCGCGAGCAGCAGAACGCUGCUGCUACUACGUCUGACACUACCUCGUCGACAGAUGUCGCGCAAGUUAAGACUGAGGACGACCUGACCCACGAGGAAAGGAAGGAACAGAAGCGACUAGCUCGCGAGCAGAGGAAAGCGGCUGCUGUAGCGUCUGGCACUUCCUCGUCGACAGAUACCACACAAGUUAAGUCUGACGACGACUUGACCCAUGAGGAAAGGAAGAAACAGAAACGACUUGCUCGCGAGCAGCGGAAAGCGGCUGCUGCAGCGUCUAGCACUACUUCACCGACAGAUGUCACACAAGUCAAGACCGCCGACGACCAGCGAGAGCGCAAGGUGGAGCUCUUUGCCAAAGAGAAAGAAGCCAAACGACCGGCUCACCAGCAAGAGCGCGAGAAGACCCCCCAUUCGCCUCUGACCCAUACCACCCCUGGUUUCAAGAUCUCCUCGACCACAGCUCUCCACCAGCAUCAGAUGCAACACCUGCAGCUCCAGCGACAGUUAACCACUGGCAACAACUCUCCAUCUGUCUCUGUCAGGCGCCGCCCGGAACGCGAGAUCUGGCACUGGCCAGCUCAGCUGCACCCAGAAAUCUGCACAGCCAUCAUCCGUUGGAUCUACUAUGAAGAAGUCCCCACUCAUUUUUCAGGCAGCAACUACCCCCUGAAUGUCAUCGACCCCUUCCUCGACACCUUCCACCGCCUGGACCUCCUCAUUCUCUUCCAAAGCUUCCUCACCACCCAACUCUCUCUCAUCGAAAAAAACCCCAGCCCAAUGUCGUUCUGGAUAUUCGCAGAACUGGCCAAACAAGGCGGGAUGGUCAACCGGUUCUUUCGGCCCGUCAUUGUCAAGUCUACAGCAAAGAACUUGCGCCGCAUUGUCUGGUUACCAGAGUUUGGAGAGGUCAUGGGAGGGGUCGAUCCGUCGGGGAUCUUUCGAGAGGCCCUUGCGGGGCAGCCGUCGCCGCUCGCGAGAGAAUGA